GGCUAUAUAACUACACGAUUUUCAACCUGAUUCCAUAAUUUAGCAUCUCAGUAAUGAUCCAGCCAAGCCAUGUCAUCUACUUUCAUGAGUGAAGUGACGAAAUUAAAGACCUCCAACACCUUAAUUGUCUCGCUUCCCACCUCGCCAGACUCCGACGCCCAGUUAGACGAGCUUCUCCAGCUGCUCCAAGAUGUGUUGGUUUCGGACUCAGACCCCGAGGAGUACAAUCUUGUACCACUUCCUUCAUUUCAUCGUCUUCUCGUAGUCUGCUCGUCCCAGGAAACUGCCAGGAACGUAUAUAACUCCAUUAUGGCUACCGGAGUCUCUACAAUACGCAGCCAUGUGUCGUUCUCGGCGAAAGACAACCAUUUCACCAGUGUAAGCGCUGAAGAGAUCUUACCGCCCACAUUUGCUGCUCUGGAGUACUUACAACUUCCACCCGAGGAUGCGCACACCAGGUUCUUGAUCUCACCGCCACCGUCACCGCCCGUAGGAUGGAACUUUAGUGUGAAAGAAGAUGGUCCCAAUGCGAAUACAUACCACGAUAUCAACGAGUUGCGGGACUUGUUGUUCCAGCGUUUGCUGGUGGGAGACGAGAAACUUGUCAAAGUGGUGAAACAUGAAAGCGGAACCGAGGAGGUUUCACGUAGAAACGGAUCUCCCAUCAUUAUCCUUGACCCCCCUGCCUCGCCUGGAGAACUGACAGGAACCACUUCGAAAUCGCUCGAACAUGUUAAAACACCGAUGCCUCCACUUGACUACGCUUUAUAUGAGAAAUAACACGAAUAGGUUUAUCCAUGGGAAUCCCUAUCGCAUGGUAGAGCUGAGAGAUAUCAACCCGUGAUUUCUGUUGUGGCCACGCUUGUCUCAAUACCAUCUAAGCGUAUCCUUUGAUCAAUAUAACGAAUUGGUAUUGGGUGACUGCUCGAUUUGUUGGUUAGGACUGUAUUCAGCAUCUAGUUCUCUGUGUAACUUCCAAUUAUCGAACAUUAAUGGUAUUAAUAGCAGUAGCUUUCCUAGCCAACGAAGAUUGAACUUUGAGAAGUAAUUAUCGUGGUUCUGGUCUUUUGUAUUAACUUCGGCUUUCGCUAGUCUAAAACUGUAACCUCUCCGGCAAACAUACACUCUUGAAGCGAAAAAACAAUC